AUGCCCCCCGGUGGACUCCCAGCCAGCCUGGUCGCAGGCAACCCCAGCGGCCGUCCCACCGUUGACACCUCUGGCUACGGGGCUAACUACACGAAAAAUACACCCACAUCUCCCGAGGACAGUUUAAUUCCGUUCGAUUCACCCUCAACACGAACGGGAGGUCCAAGCCCAACCACUCCGGUGAACCAGGAGGAUGGUGGGCGCUCGAGUCGUACCCUGGGUCCUGACCAGGCUGGCUUCCGCGACCGUUCAGCACCCCGAGAUCGCUCGCGAGUGAACGGGCGUCCAAAUAAGUCCCCUGGCGGUUCAUCGCGUCUGUGUCAAAAGUGCGGUGAAUCUCUCACUGGCCAAUUUGUGCGAGCGUUGGGCGGUACUUUUCAUCUGGAGUGUUUCAAGUGCGAAGACUGUGGCGAGAUCGUUGCUUCGAAGUUUUUCCCCGUCGAUUCAGAAGAUUCAAGUUGCCAAUUUCCACUUUGCGAAACCGAUUAUUUUAGACGACUCAGCCUCCUAUGCCAUGAGUGCGGCGGCGCACUACGUGGAUCAUACAUUACAGCGUUAGACCGGAAGUAUCAUAUUGAGCACUUUACCUGCUCCGUUUGUCCGACCGUCUUUGGUGCUCAGGACUCUUACUAUGAGCACGAAAGUAAGGUCUACUGCCACUUUCACUAUUCAACCCAGUUUGCCCAGAGAUGCCAUGGAUGUCACACUGCAAUCCUAAAACAGUUCGUCGAGAUCUUCCGCAACGGUCAAAAUCAACACUGGCACCCCGAAUGUUAUAUGAUCCACAAGUUCUGGAAUGUCCGGUUAUCCCCUGCCGGUCAAACAUGGGAGCCUCCGCCGGUGGAUGAGGAUGCCAGCGAAGAGGAGCGCAAGCAUAUCCGCGACGAAGAAGAUAUUAUGGAGGAGAAGGUCUUUAAUAUUUGGAACACCCUCUCCACCUUUGAAGAAUCAUCCGCCGCUUGCAUCUCAGAUAUGCUGCUUCAUGUGAGCAAUGGCGCUUACAUCGAUGGUGUUCUCGUGGCCAAGCGCUUCAUUGAGCAUGUGGAAAUCCUCUUCGGUGCAGUUGACCAAUUGGCGGAUUAUAUCAAAUCGCACGAGUUAAAAGAACUUUCCUAUGGCCGCGAAGCCAAACUUCUCUGUAAAAAGAUUGUCGCUUUCUUCGCCCUCCUAUCGAAAACCCAGGAAACCGGAGUACGCAAACUCGGCGUCACCCAGGAACUUCUGUCCCUGGUGACUGGUCUUGCCCACUACCUCAAACUCCUUAUCCGCAUCGGUCUACAAGGUGCACUCAAACUUGAACGCGAGAAGUCUGCGCCAGACGGUUUACAAAACUUCCUGGAGCAUCUCCGUGAUCUGGAGUCAUUAGCCGGGCGCGAAGAUGAUGAUACACCCGUCGACCUGAUGGCCGGAGUGGAAGGUUUGGCCGAUCAACUUUCAGAUUGUUGCAUCGCCUGCAAAGAACCAAUUGACGACGAAUGUGUUCAAUUGGGACAGAGUCGUUGGCACAUCAAGCCGCCUCAUCUUUCUUGUAGAUCGUGUGAGAAGGACCUGACCGCUGAUAUCCAAGACGCAUUGUGGAGCGGCAGCGAGGAACAAGUAUACUGCGGCGCUUGCGCCCAUCAGGUGCAACUUGGCCCUGCGGUGACGGGUGGUUUCAGUCAAGUUUCAAAAUUGCAACAAUUUGUUUUCUUACUGAAAGUGGCCCUCGCACGGCUUCUCGCCGUACUUCGGUCCGGGGAACCUUGCCUCAUCCUUCAGGUAGGAUACUUUUACCUUACCCCCAUCCCGCCGGCAGUUUGUCUAACUUGCUUCGCCCCAGACGACCCCAACCUUAAUGAUCAUGACAACAAAGACGGCCGUCGGAUGUCACGCCAGGUUCGACAGUCAUAUGGCGGUGCCCCGCGAGAUGGCUUCGAAGAAACAUCCCUUGAGCAGACCGUCGGCGAGAUGCGUCGGCUACGCUCCAUUCGCAAUGAGCGAACCUUAUCCACAACAUACAAACACGCCCGCGCAUCCAGGAUCAUCAACGGGCCAGAAGGCAGAAGUGCCCGACCGGGGUCAUCUGGCAAUGAUGGCAGUGACCCGAGGGGCCACGGUUUCCAGAUUGUCGAAGAACGGGAUGCCAAUGGCGAAACCGUUACGGAUCUGACUUUCGGGGCUCAGGAUGCUUUGACGCUAGAUGACAUUCCCCGUAUUGUUGCGGCCGAGCAAGCCAAGGAGCAGCGACCUAAUGCCUACAGGCAUGCUGGUACAAAGCUCAUUGGGGGGACAGAGCCGAUGCCCAGGUACAACCAUGGUCAUCAACGGGGAGUAUCGAGUGGAAAUUUGGAGGCCCUCAUGGAGCCAACUCGAACCAAGCGGUACUUCUCGGAAUUAACUGCUUUGGAAUAUUUCAUCGUUCGCCACGUUGCCGUGCUACAGAUGGAACCCUUGGUAGAGGGUUAUUUCAGCAUGGAGGAGCUACUUUCUCUUAUUGAGUCUCGCAAACCGACCAUAUGGAACAUCUUCGGUCGUGCCUUCAAAGACAACAAGAAGGGUAAUAAGAAGAAGGGUGUCUUCGGUGUCGGUCUAGAUUAUUUAGUUGAGAAGGAGGGCACAGAGUCAAGUCACGGUGUUGGCCCUGGUGCGCUCCGCAUCCCGACGUUGGUUGAUGAUUCUGUUUGCGCUAUGCGGCAGAUGGACAUGUCUGUCGAGGGUGUCUUCCGAAAGAACGGCAACAUCCGCCGAUUGAAGGAUACCGCGGAGCUAAUCGACACCAAGUAUGAGCAGGUUGAUCUGACAAAGGAAACUCCAGUACAGAUCGCAGCUCUCUUGAAAAAAUUCCUCCGCGAGAUGCCCGACCCGCUCUUGACUUUCAAGCUACACAGACUAUUUGUCAUCUCACAAAAAAUGGAUGACGCGGAGAAACAGAGGCGACUACUUCACUUGACAUGUUGUCUGCUUCCCAAAGCUCACCGUGAUACGAUGGAAGUCCUGUUUGCCUUCUUAAACUGGACAUCAUCCUUCUCGCAUGUAGAUGAAGAGUCCGGAAGCAAGAUGGACAUUCACAAUCUUGCAACUGUCAUCACGCCUAAUAUCCUUUACCCCAAUGCCAAAAACAGCACAGUGGAGGAGAGCUUCUUGUCUAUUGAAGCCGUUAAUGCCCUGAUCGCGUAUAACGACGCAUUCUGCGAGAUCCCAGAAGACCUACAAUCGGUCUUGGGUGAUCCAACUCUCUUCAGGGAGAAUGCUGAAGUGACAACCAAGGAAAUCCUCAAACGAUAUGGCGAUAUUGCUCGAGGCAGCUUCUCACAGAGACCGGAGAACGGUGGCGAGACAUUCACGAUCACCACCCCCAACCGAACCAACAGCACUCCAGCUUCCGCGCGUAUCGAGACCGAUCCAUCUCAGGAUGCAGCCUGGCAGAUGCAAAGUUCGGUUCGCCAUGUGCCCGGGCCCGGUGGACACUCUCACUCGACAAGCACCAACCCCCAGACAGGGCCUGAUUUUGGUCCUCCCCCCCCAGCAGCAUAUCACCGUGACCGUAGCACCAGCAACAGUAGCCAGCCAAUUGCAGGGGCACCUGAUGGCCAAUCCUCAAAUGUGGCCUACAGGCCGCGUCCGAGUGCAGGUGCCAUGGGUGUUACUGGGUAG